AUGGCAUCCGAACCCUCCACCCACCCGCGCAUCGCUAUCAUCGGUGGUGGCCUCGGCGGGCUCGCGCUUCUCCUCACGCUCCAUCGCCGCGGUGUCACCGCCACCCUGUACGAACGCGACGCCGGCUUCAAUGCUCGCGCCCACCUCGGCGGCAGCCUCGACCUCGGUUGGGACAGCGGCCAACGCGCUCUCCGCGAGAACGGCCUCCAAGACGAGUUCGACAAGUACUCCCGUCCCGAAGGCGAGGAGCUGAGAAUGUACGACGGCGCAGGUAAGCUCCAUUACAGCCAUGGCGCCGAGAGCGAGGGCGGUCCCGGCGGUCCCGAGGGCCACCAGGGUGCCCCGCCGCCGCAGGGCCCCGAGGACAUUCGCCCGGAAAUCGACCGCACCGUCCUCCGCAAGAUCCUCCUCGACGCGAUCCCUCCCCAUCUCAUCAAAUGGGAUCACGCCCUCGCCUCUGCGCGCCCCCUCGGCAACGGCCAGCACGAGCUCACCUUCGCGAACGGCUUCAUCACCGUCUCCGACUUCCUCAUCGGGGCCGACGGCGCGAACUCGCGCGUCCGCCCCCUCCUCUCCCCCGCUACCCCCACCUACACUGGUGUCAACGGCGUCGAGAUCUCCCUCGCGCCCGAGACAGCCAGGCUCCCCGAGCUACAAGAGACCUUCGCGAACAUCGGCAAAGGCACCAUGAUGGCCUCGCAGAACUCGCGCAUGCUCGUCUCGCAAGUGAACGGUGACGGCCGCAUCCGCACGUACGCCUUCGUCCGCGAGUCCGCCGACUGGUCCGUGCCCUCGAACCCCGCCGAGGCAAAGGCUGUGCUCAGAGAGUACUUCUCCGGCUGGCAGCAGUGGAUUCUCAACUUUAUCGACUACGCCGACGAAAGCGCGAUCUACCCCCGCGCGCUCUACAUCCUCCCUGUCGGCCACAGCUGGCCACAUGUCCACGGGAUUACGCUCAUCGGGGAUGCCGCGCAUCUCAUGAGCCCGUUUGCUGGCGCUGGCGCAAACCUCGCGCUGCUCGACGGGCUCGAGCUCGGCCUUGCGCUCGCGGAGCUUGUGAAGGAGGGCAGUUUCGCGCACCAGGAGGCCGUCGAUGAGUCCGUUGCGGCGUUUGAGGUGAAGAUGUGCUCGAUGGCAGGCCGCGUCGGAGAGAAGGCGAACCGCAACCUGCAUGAGUUCGUCCAUCCCGAUGCGCCUCACCCUGCGAUCCGCAGGUUCGAGCAGCUCAUGACCGAGGGCUCCCGCGAGGGCUGA